UUCCGAAGAAACGGGCACCUGCCAUUGACUUCUGAUUGGAACAGACAGUUAAGUAAAGUUUUGAAUUAACUGUCACGACGGCAUAUUCCCCAGAUCUUGCGUGUAAUGAUGUACAGUACCGAUACAUCAAUGUGAUGGAGCCGGAGGAGACCUGUACCUUACCUAUAACGUAUCAACGUGAUGUACGCCCAGAACCUAUAUCACAGGAUUUAGCGUGGACCAUUAGCAUCAGAAGGAUGUGAAAACCAAUAUCGUGUCAUGUGAUAUUGACUAGGUAUUCUGUGUUGUACUGAUUAUAUAGUGUAUUUUAUACAAAACUAAUAUGUGCGACCUCGACCUGUGCAACCAUUUCUUGCGUAACUUUGAGCUGUGUGACCUGUAAAUUGUAACCAUGCGGGAAGAGGAUAUGGAGACGGCCAUCAAGGUCGUCAUUGUAGGUAACGGGGCGGUGGGCAAGUCCAGCAUGAUCCAGCGCUACUGUAAAGGAAUCUUCACCAAGGAAUACAAGAAGACCAUCGGAGUGGACUUCCUGGAGCGACAGUUAGAAGUAAACAAUGAGGAUGUGAGAUUGAUGUUGUGGGAUACUGCUGGACAGGAGGAGUUUGAUGCCAUUACCAAGGCUUAUUAUAGAGGAGCCCAGGCAUGUGUGCUGGCGUUUUCCACCGUCGAUCGUGACUCGUUUGACGCUGUUGAAUCAUGGAAGAAAAAGGUAGAAGAUGAGGUGGGGGAGAUUGGAAUGGUCAUUAUCCAGAAUAAGAUUGACCUCAUCGAUGAUACAGUGGUGAACGAUGAAGAGGCAGAGGAUCUGGCCAAGCGUCUACGACUACGCUUCUACAGGACAUCUGUCAAGGAGAAUCUCAAUGUGGAAGAGGUUUUCCGGUACCUUUCUGAGAAGUACUUAGACCAAAUCAACUGCGAAGUGGAGGAACCAGAGACUAAGAUUGCCAUUGGUCAAGGGCUAAUGGACGGUGGUGGUAUAACCAACAAUUCCAAGGAUAAAGACAGUUCAAAAAGUAAGAACAAAAAAAUUGGAAAUGGUAAAACUUCAAACAAACAUCGGUUCAAACUGCGGAAUGGUGAGGAUUCAACAAUUAAACUAGAACCCAGCAAACGGAGGACACGGGGCAAAAAGGCAAUCGUGACUGCAAAGUGUGUCAUAUUAUAGAAUCCUAGUGAGAGGUACUGCCUCGCCAUCAAACCAAAGGGGCAGCAUCGAUGUUACACCAGCCAAUGGAGUCUUCAUCUGAUCAUGUGACUAAUUUCAGGAGCCAAUCGGAGAACAGGUUGCUUCACAACGACUUUCUGAAGUGUUCAUACCGUGUAUUUAUUUUCUGAAUCAGUAACUUUGUUCAUUAUUUUGUUUUCAAGUUUUUUUGUGGUGUAAAAUAUGUUAUAUUCUAUAGAAAAUGGUUACCAAGUCUAAAUUAAGAUAACCCUUGGUUUUACAUUCUGAUCAUAGAUAAGUUACUGUAAAUCUCUGUUUCCGUUUUCACAGUUGUAGGUUCAGCAACUCAUAUGCAAGGGUUUUAAUUCAUGAAAGAACAACUCAGUAAAAUAUGUUGGAAUCAGGUGUCAUUUGAUAUAAAGCGAAUAUACAAUUGGCUUUUCUUUAGACUAUAUGCGAAAAUAUGUGUAAGUUUACAUUGUUUAGCUCACAACAGGAGUCAUCAUAAACUACUUUAUCUGUAUUAACCCACGUUCUGUUUCGAUGUUCAAAUUCCUACAACUCUGAACAGGAUUGCAGACAAAUAAUGCAUGUUUUCACAAUAUAAAUAUUUGUCUCUAAUCCUAUAUCAGAAUUAUAGGGACCAUAACUUGGAAUGGAAUGCAGUUUAAUACUUAUAUUCUUUAUUUUGAGGUAUCAUCAAUGCUUCGGUUUCCUUUUAAAUUUGAGGUAGAUCUUAAAUAAAUAAAGUGGGUAUCAGCCUGCUAUCUCCAAUCUUCAUACUUGCCAACUCUCCCUAUUUUGGAGGUGAAGAUGUCAUUCUAAAGUGAUUUUUACCUAGGGGAAUAUACACAUAUUUUAUUUAAUAUAUCAAAUCAAAACAGUUUUCUAUGUCAUAAGAGAGUAAAAAUGCAAUCCAGCAAGAUUGGAAUUCAAACCUUAGAUUACAGACUUCUAAAAUGUUGCUCCAACCAGAAGGGCUACCUAGUCAACAUUAUUCCUCUGAUCCAAUCCCACUACAUGUAUAGACAAUAAAGGGCGGGUUAUAGUGCUCAUGUAUUAAAAACUAUAGUGGAAUUAAAAAUUAAAUCUGCAUUUGGACAAGGAUCCUUCAAGACUCUUAGGUUACAGACCAACAACAUACAAUACAUUCCAUAUAUUGUAGAUUCACCUUAAAUCAAUCACUUGCUGGAAAAUUUAAACCUGUAUAGUGCUUGCUGUUGGUGUAAGUCUUUAUUAUCAACCAUUUUCAUCAGCAUGCAAACCGUUCACCCAUUUCCCAACUUAUCAUGCAUCAAACUUUUACAAAAGCCAAACAUGUACAGUACCCUGAUUACCAAAACUAUACAUAAAGAAAAUGAAGAGAGCCUUUUUAACUAUUUUCUUAAAGUGAGUGUUCAUUUUGAUUUGCACAGUCAUGAAAAUGUUUGAUAAUAAAUUACUGAUGACAUCUUACGGGAAAAAAUGUCUAUGCUUCCUGCAAUAUAUUCUUGUUGAGUAAAAUAAGCCUUUUGUAUGUGACUUCCUGUCAGAUGUACAUAGUUAUAAUUGCUAAAUGAAUAAACGAAAACACAACUUUGGAUUACUUGCCAGAAUUAUAAACAAAUUAUCCUGUACAUUGAUACUGUACCUGUGCCAUUAUGUACCUAGAAUCGUAGUAAUUGAUUGACUUUGUUUUGUUAAAUGAUACAUUUAAAACAGCCGAUGAGAGAUGUGUAACACAGCUGAUGAGAGUUGUGUUACACGGCUGGUGAAAGAGGUGUUACACAGCUGGUGAGAGAUGUGUUACACAGCUGAUGAGAGUUGUGUUACACACUGAUGAGAGUUGUGUUACACAGCUGAUGAGAGUUGUGUUACACAGCUGAUGAGAGUUGUGUUACGCAGCUGAUGAAAGUUGUGUUACACAGCUGAUGAGAGUUGUGUUACACAGCUGAUGAGAGUUGUGUUACACAGCUGAUGAGAGAUGUAUAACACAGCUGAUGAGAGAUGUAUAACACAGCUGAUGAGGGUUGUGUUACACAGCUGGUGAGAGUUGUACAUGUGUAACACGGCUGGUUAGAGUUGUGUUACACGGCUGGUGAGAAAUGUGUUACACGGCUGGUGAGAGAUGUGUUACACAGCUGAUGAGAAAUGUGUAACACGGCUGGUUAGAGUUGUGUUACACGGCUGGUGAGAAAUGUGUUACACAGCUGGUGAGAAAUGUGUUACACGGCUGGUGAGAGUUGUGUUAUACAGCUGGUGAGAGUUGUGUUACACAGCUGGUGAGAGUUGUGUUACACAGCUGGUGAGAGAUGUGUUACACGGCUGGUUAAAGAUGUGUUACACGGCUGGUGAGAGAUGUGUAUUCUUGCCUUAUGAUUGUAAAUAGUGUUCUCAUGUUUGAUUACUAGCGACUAAUCCCCACUCGACUGAUAUGUCAGAAGGUCUUUCCAGUAGUUGCUGUCACGCUAAUGUUGUGUUUUAGUGCUUGCAAUUAAGUGGAAUUCCAUGUGACAGAAUGUCAGAUGCUGAAGCAGAACACUGAUAUUAAGAUAAAAGUUUCAAGCUCAAGUGUUUUUACUGCUGAUUCACAAAAGUGGAUAUUAGAUUUUAGUAGGUUGUGUUUCAUGAUCUGAGAGAUCUUAAGUCAUAUUAAAUUUAUUUGAUUCAUCUUUUUCAAAUAUGAAUAUAAGUCCUUAUGGUUGUGCCUUCCUUGAUGAAAAGAUAUCUUUGUUCAGUUAUCAACUGUCCAUUUUCUAAUGAAUUCUUCACAGUCUAUGCAAAAAAUAUGUUCUCUUAUUGUUUUGUAUAUGUUUACAUACAGUUUUUACCUAGUUUUACAACAGCAUAAAGAUCUGAUUUGUUUUUACGCCUCUAAUAUUAAAAUCUUAGUCUCAAUGACUCUGUUAAAUGCAGUAUAAAUUAGGUACCCAUAUAUUAAGGACUCUGUUAAAUGCAGUAUAAAUUAGGUACCCAUAUAUUAAAUCCUCUACACUAGGUGAAUGCCGAACUCAAGGUAUGUUUGGGGUACUCACUCAACCAUUGCCUUGUAUGCUGUGCAGUAAUUUGUAUGCUGUAAAGUAAUUUGUGAAAGAUUGGUGGAUUCUGGUAAAAAAUACUGAAUUAAUCCACUAAAAGAUACAUAAGAAUGUAUAAUAGUCCAGUCCAAUUAAUAGAAAAUGAAUUUAAUUAAAUAUGAGUAAAAUGUGAGAAGUUUUAUAUAAAAUGAUCCAUUAGAAAUUUAUAUACAAAUGGUCCAAUAUAUAACGGCUCUGAGUUCCAUUGCUAAUAAUGAUAUGCUAUACAGAGCCUUAUGAGUGCUACAGAAGGAGAAGCAUGUCUAUAGUUCAAAUAUUAGUUCUAAUCAGUUUGUGUAAAUGGAUGGUGUGGUCCCCCUGGGGGCAGAAGAUGUGGCCCAAUAAGGUAAAUACAGCCAAAUCUUUAAUCGUUUUUGUUCCAAACAGAAGAAUGGAUCGAAACCAAAUUUGAUAUAGAGUAUCCUUGACCCAAUAAGAUUCAAUGCUGUAUAACAAUAUAUACAUAAUUGAUUUCAGUUGAGAUAAAGGGCCAAUCACUAAAUCAGGGAAAAACAAUUAUCUAGAUCUGAUUAUCUCCCUUGUUAAUAGAUUCUAUUACUCUAGAUCUGAUUAUCUCCCUUGUCAAUAGUCUCUAUUACUCUAUAUCUGAUUAUCUCCCUUGUCAAUAGUCUCUAUUAUUAAAGAUCUGAUUUAUCUCCCUUGCAAAUAGUUUCUAUUACUUUAGAUCUGAUUAUCUCCCUUGUCAAUAGUCUCUAUUACUCUAGAUCUGAAUUAUCUUCCUUGCAAAUAGUCUCUAUUACUUGUUGUAAAUAUCUCCCACUGAAAUUAGCAUCUGUCCUCCUUAAGCAGAGACAUUUAGACAAAGUUUUUGUUCUGUACAUGUCAAUAGGAACAAUAUUCCUGAUGUCUUAACGGUACAAUAUUUCUGAUGGGGAUGGUACAACAUUUCUCAUGUCUGAUCGUACGAUAUUCAUUAAAAUUGUACAAUAUUCCUGGAUCCGAUCAUUAUGGGACAAUAUUUUUUAUGUCUGAUGGUCCAUAUUCCAGAAAAUUGUAAAUAUUCCUGAUGUUUAGCAACACAUAUCCCUGAUGUCUGAAAACAAGGGUUUGCCACUAUUAUCUUGUACAUUGUUUGUAUGAAACCAAAAAGUGCAAUAUAUAUUUUUGAUCUGACUUACACAGUUGUAGACUGAUGAUAAUAUCAGCUAUUUUGUAUCACUUAUAAAAUGUUUUAUUUCGUUUUUUACCUGCUAUAUAUGCACAGAUUGUAGUGUACCAGUCUGCUUUGGUGAAGUGUCAUUAUUUAGUCUCCAUCCCGUGUCUGGUAUUUUUGCGAGAAACUUUAUGAAUGUGAAGUUUGGCUAGAGUUCAUGCAGUAGUUAUCAAUUCAUCAAUGAACAUUUUAAACCAUUUUAUUAUUUCCAGCUGAUCGGUCAUGUUUCGUUUUAAGUGAUAGCUUUUAUUGAAUAUCAUUAUAGUAUUUGUAUAUCAAUAUUUACACAUAUCAAAGUGCAUGGUUUGUGCUAAUACUGGUGGACAUAUUGUGUUUGUAAAUGUAACCAUGGAGAUAAGAGCUGAUUUUCCAGGAAAUUUUUCUCUCGUCUGAUGUAUAAAUGAAACAGUACUUUUUAGGGGCCAGGUGUAUAAGAUACAGGUGUAUUUAUAGGGGCGGCUAAUAUAUAAAUAUAGUCUCUAUGUUUCUUAUGCCAAAGAAGCUUGUGUAAAUCUGGGAGUUGUCAUUUUAUCGGCCAGUUAAUAGAAAUACAGCACUACUUAGACUGUACAUUAAUGAAGAAUAAAUAAAACAAAAUAGCUGGUUUAAAUUUGCUUUCAAGAAAGUGUAAUAUUAUGAAUCGGUGAAGAGACAUUUUAGGAAUAGUGUACUUUAGUUGCUAUGGUGAUCUGAUUUAGAGGUUGAAGUUGCAACUUUAAGGUGAUUAGAGAUUUGAAAGAAGUCAUAUUUACUAUUGUGACCUAACAGGAGGUUGUAGUCAUGGUGACAUGACAGAGAGGAUGUAGUUGCUAUGGUAACCCAACAGGAGGAUGUAGUCAUGGUGACAUGGCAGAGAGGAUGUAGUUGCUAUGGUAACCCAACAGGAGGUUGUAGUCAUGGUGACAUGGCAGAGAGGAUGUAGUUGCUAUGGUGUCCUGCAAGAGGUUAUAGUUACUUAAGUAGUUUGACGUGAUGUUCAAAACAUUUAAAAUGUAAUUCUGUCUCUAUUAAGUUGACUUGCAAAGACUGCUUUUUGACAGUAAAUGUCAAGUUGUAGUCAGCAAAAAGGGUUUAGAUAGGAAUAAUAGAAUACAUCAUACAUUUUGUUGACCACUGAUAUCACUCAGCCUAACAUUCUCUCCGUGCGAGUGUAGAUUUGUAAUUUGUCAUACCAGUAUUUUUUGUAGAUGACAUGUUAUCUGCGUGUUUUUUAUAUGUAAUAGAAUGAAAUAAACAUAUGAACUCCAA